AUGAUGUCUUCAAUGUCAUCUGAAUAUACGAUUGGUGGGGUGAAGAUUAACUUUCCUUGUAAAGCUUACCCCUCACAGCUUGCUAUGAUGAAUUCUAUUGUCAGAGGACUAAACAGUAAGCAACACUGUUUGUUGGAGAGCCCUACAGGAAGUGGGAAAAGUUUAGCCCUGCUUUGUUCUGCUUUAGCAUGGCAGCAAUCUCUUGCUGGGAAGUCGGUGGAUGAGGGCUUAAGUAAAAAGGCUGAAGUACCACCGUCAUGUGGUUGUACAUGCCAUACAAAGAGUUUUACUAACAACGACAGCACGAGCCAAGGAACGUCACACCAUUUCAGUAAUCCAAGUACACCACCAUCUUCUGUGAGAUGUGUCACUUCACCUUGUCAAGACUCUCCUGAAAAAAACACACUGGCUGCAAAAUUAUCUGCCAAGAAACAGGCAUCUGUUAACAGAGAUGAAAAUGACGAUUUUCAAGUAGACAAGAAAAGACUUCGUCUGUUAGAAACUACACAGCAGAUUAGAAAACGUCAUUGUUCUGAAAAAGAAGUACACCAUUUGGAUGCAAAAGUUGCUUCAGGAAAGACUGCAAAACUCAACUCUCCAUCAAGAAAUAUGAACUUCUUUCCCCCACAAACACCGCCUGGCCCCUGUUCUAGGUGCUGUUGUUCCACCAAACAAGGGAACAGUCAUGAUUCUUCAAAUGCCGUGAAGAAGGAUAGUGGAGGGAAACUGAAGAAACCCAAAAUCUAUCUUGGGACACGGACACAUAAGCAGAUCGCUCAGAUGACGAGAGAGCUCCGGAAGACAGCCUACUCAGAGGUCCCAAUGACUAUUCUUUCCAGCAGAGAUCACACUUGUGUCCAUCCUGAAGUAGUUGGUAACUUCAACAGAAAAGAAAAAUGUAUGGAAUUUCUAGAUGGAAAAAAUGGGAAAUCCUGCUAUUUUUAUCAUGGUGUUCAUAAAAUUAGUCAACAGCACACAUUACAGAGUCUCCAAGGGAUGCAUAAGGCCUGGGAUAUAGAAGAACUUGUCAACCUGGGGAAGAAACUAAAGGCAUGUCCAUAUUACACAGCUCGAGAACUAAUAGAAGAUUCGGACAUAGUAUUUUGUCCCUACAACUAUCUUCUAGAUGCACAAAUAAGGGAAAGUAUGGAUAUCAAUCUGAAAGAGCAAGUUAUAAUUUUAGAUGAAGCUCAUAAUAUUGAAGACUGUGCUCGGGAAUCAGCAAGUUACAGUGUAACAGAAGUUCAACUUUGGUUUGCUCGAGAUGAGCUGGACAGUAUGGUAAACAAUAAUAUAAGGAAAAAAAACCAUGAUCCUCUCCGAGCAGUGUGCUAUAGUCUCAUUAAUUGGUUAGACGCAAACUCUGAACAUCUUGUAGAAAGGGAUUAUGAAUCAUCCUGUAAAAUAUGGAGUGGAAAGGAAAUGAUCUCUCACUUAUACAAAAUGGGCAUCACCUCUGCUACUUUUCCCAUUUUGCAGGGACAUUUGUCUGCUAUUCUUCAAAAAGAAGAAAAAGUUUCAUCAAUUCAUGGUAAGGAAGAAGCAAGAGAAAUACCUAUCAUUACUGCUUCAACUCAAAUAGUGCUCAAAGGACUUUUUAUGGUGCUUGACUACCUUUUUAGGCAAAAUAGCAGAUUUGCAGGUGAUUAUAAGGUUGCUAUUCAACAGACUUACUCUUGGAUAAAUCAGACUGAUAUUUCAAGUAGAAAUGCUGUGAUUGUUCUACCGAAAACUAAGAAACGUUCUCGACAGAAAACUGUGGUGCAUGUGCUAAAUUUUUGGUGCUUAAAUCCAGCUGUGGCCUUUUCAGAUAUUAAUGAUAAAGUUCGGACAAUUGUUUUGACAUCUGGAACAUUAUCACCAAUGAAAUCUUUUUCAUCAGAACUUGGUGUUACAUUCACUAUUCAACUGGAAGCUAAUCAUGUCAUUAAUAACUCUCAGGUUUGGGUUGGUACCAUUGGAUCAGGCCCCACCGGUCGUCAUCUCUGUGCUACGUUUCAACACACUGAAACAUUCGGGUUCCAGGAUGAAGUAGGGGCCCUUCUGUUAUCUGUGUGCCAAGCUGUGAGCCAAGGAAUUUUGUGUUUCUUGCCAUCAUACAAGCUAUUAGAAAAAUUCAAAGAACGUUGGCUCUCCACUGGUUUAUGGGAUAAUCUGGAGUUGAUAAAGACCGUCAUUGUAGAACCACAAGGAAGUGACAAAACUGAUUUCGAUGAAUUACUGCAGGUAUACUAUGAUGCGAUCAAAUGCAAAGGAGAGAAAGAUGGAGCACUCCUGGUAGCAGUUUGUCGUGGCAAAGUGAGUGAGGGUCUGGAUUUCUCAGAUGACAAUGCCCGUGCUGUCAUAACAGUAGGAAUUCCUUUCCCAAAUGUGAGAGAUCUGCAGGUUGAACUAAAGCGUCGAUACAAUGACGAACAUUCAAAAUCGAGAGGUCUUUUACCUGGACGUCAGUGGUAUGAAAUUCAAGCAUAUAGGGCCUUAAACCAGGCCCUAGGUAGGUGUAUUCGACACAAAAAUGACUGGGGAGCACUUAUUCUAGUGGAUGAUCGCUUCAGAAGUAAUCCAGACCGCUAUAUAUCUGGGCUUUCCAAAUGGGUCCGACAGCAGAUUCAGCAUCACCCAACAUUUGAAAGUGCGCUGCAGUCCUUGACUGAUUUUUCCAAAAGGCACCUGAAGGUCAUUGAUGUAUCUGUAGGGGAUAGCAAGUCUAUUCAGGCCAAUGAGGAUGUACUUCAAGUGACCCAUUUGAAGGACAGCACCCCGACUUCUUUAUUGGCAGUAGAAACCCAUCUGUCACCAGAAAAUCCAAGGGGAGAUGAUGUAAAAAGAUGUGUCCAGGAGCUUCAGUUUCCAAAACGGAUAGCCAAAAAUCCAUCUCCACCAAGUGGCAGCAGCUCCAGAAAGAAGAAACAUGCUCCAGUAUUAUCAGAAGAGCCUGUCCAGUCAAUGAAAGGAGGAAAAAAGGUGAUUUCCAGAUCUGCAAGCCCAACUUUCAACAAACAAGCAACGAGAAUUACGUGGUCUAGCUUUCAGUGUUUUACUAGUAAAAUACUGACUGCAACGCCCGAGCUCAAGACAUCGGAGGACUAUACCUCUAGCACUUCUAUUAAAAUGGAAAAGAUGGAAAGCAAAACUGUUUUGCCACUCACUACUCAAUGUGAGUCUUCAUCUCUAACUAUUAGCACAUCACUUGGGCCUUGCUUUCAACCACAAACCAUUAUUUCAUCAAUAAAAAAUGAUACUGCUCCCACCAAAAAAGAUCAUCCGAAAGAGCUGCUUUGUGAUGAAGAAACCCUUGAUGCGAACAUUGAAGUGUCUCUAGUAAGUGAAGAUGCUGAACUUUCCACUUCAGAUAGAGCUUUUGAAGAAACAGAAGCAGAAGAUGAAUCUAUCUAUUUUACACCUGAACUUUAUGAUCCUGUAGACAGAGAUGAAGAGAAAAACAAACUAGUUGAAACUGAUAGAAGCAAUAGGUUGGCUAACAAUUCAAUUACAUUUUAGCGAAGGCCUUUUUCAAAAUACAAUUGAGUGGACUCUGACAGUGAAGGCUGAGGAUUACAGACGUAAAAUUGACUAGAAUCUGAAGAAAGUAAAAUUGAUAACAUUGAUGACUAUAAAGCAACUAAUAUGAAUGAGUUGGAUCUUUCAAAGACUCAUAAAACCAAUAAAAAGAACUUUCAACUGCCUCCUUCCAAAAAUAAUGGUGUGUUCCUGAUAUUAGGUAACAGAUUUAACUGUCAAGCUGUAAAGUAA